GCGAGAAAAAAAGAAUCCAUCCAGGUGUGCUUCACAUCGCGGUCACUGAUUUUCACUCCAGUCGAGCAGUAUAUCGGGUCCUUGGUAUCCAUCCCUAGGACACACGCAUUUCUUGUAUAGAGAUCAUAGAAGAUCAGUCAGUCACUAGCAAUGACGAUCCUUUCCACCAAGUUGAGAAGAUUGCUACUCUGCGCCGCCAGCAAAGCCCGCGCUCUCUCCCCCUCCUCGAUUCGCAUCGCCUCCUUCUUCAGCCCCUCCAGAUCAGACUCCUCCCGAUCAAACAGCUCCAGGUGCGACGAAUCCGAUGGCUUCUCCGAUCGAGACGACGGCGACGGCGACGCGGAGAUCCAAGAGAAGUAUCUCGCGGAUGUCCCGCAGGGCUGCUUUGCUGUAUACGUGGGCCGCGACCGGCAGCGCUUCGUGGUCGGGACGUGCUUGCUGCGCGAUCCCCUGUUUAGGGUUCUUCUGGACAAGGCCGCGGACGAGUAUGGCUUGGAUCGCCAGGGCGCGCUGCUCAUCCCCUGCGAGGCUGUGCUCUUCGAUCACAUUUGCUGGCUGCUGGGCAACAAUGAUCCGGCGGCGGCGAGCCUGGAGAUGGAGGAGCUCCUCGAUUUCUACUCCAUCUGAUUUGGAUCAACGCUUCCUUUUGUCCUUUGAUUUGCUGACACUAGCUCUCCCCAUUCUUUUGUAUCAACUGGUAUAUAAUCUAAGAUUGUGAGCGUGGUUGACGCACCACCAGAUGGAUCAUGGAUUCCACCACAC